AUGGCAUCCUCAUUCGUUCCACGCGUCGACUUCCCCCCGAACCUCAACCUCCCCCGCUCAUACUUCCUUGGCCAUCAUGCCGCCGGUCUUUCGAAGAUGGUCACUAUGCUCUCCCACAUCGACCUUAUCAUCGAAUGCCGAGACUACCGCGUCCCCCUCACCUCUCGCAACCCCCUCUUCGAAGGCUCACUCGCCGGCCGCCAACGACUCGUCGUCUACACAAAGCGCGAUCUCGGGAGUCGAAACCGGCCCGCUGACAAGGCGCGCGAGGCUAUAAUCCGAGACUGGCACAAGCCACAGCAAGUUCUCUUCUCGGACCACAAGUCGAAGCGGGAUGUGCGCUCUGUGCUUGCGUUUGCGAAGCAGCAUGCCCAAGAGCUGGAUAGCUUGACAGGGAGUCGCAUGCUCAUCGUCGGGAUGCCGAACGUGGGCAAGUCCUCUCUUCUUAAUGCACUGCGCAUGGAAGGUGUCAAUCGCGGCAAGGCGGCGUAUACGGGAGCGCAGCCGGGGAUCACACGCAAGAUUGCGUCGGGAGUUAAGAUUGUGGACCGCGACCCUGAGGCUGGCUCGGAAGGCGUGUACCUUGUUGAUACGCCCGGAGUGUUCGUGCCAUUCGUGCCAGAUCCAGAGAGUAUGCUUAGGCUGGCGCUAUGCGGAAGCGUUAAGGACACAAUUAUCGCACCCACGACGCUUGUGGAUUAUCUCCUCUUCCACAUCAACAAGCACGAUCCUAAGAUUUAUCGCGAGUAUUGCCCGCCAACGAAUGAUGUUCAUGAGAUGCUUAAUGCGGUGUGUCAUAAGACUGGUCGGCUACAGAAAGGAGGGGUGCCUGAUAUAGAGGCUGCCGCGCUGUGGUUGAUCCAGCGUUGGCGACAGGGGAACCUGGGAUGCUUCGUGCUCGAUGAGGUCGAAGAGGAUGGGCUUGCAAAGAAGAUGCAGGAAGAGGUUGGAACGAGUUUGAGCCAGGCCAAGAAGGCGAAGAAGGAAGCGCAGAGACAGAGGAGUAAGACGAGAUUCUUGGAAAGCAAAGCAUAG